GACUUCGGGUACCCCACGACUUCCGUGACUGGUUGCAUAACACAUGUACAACUUGUUGCAUAGUGUACGUGUACUUGUGAGGGGACGCGUAUCGCGUAAACAGACAUCACCCAUUCAGUGAAUCAAGAGAUGUCAAGAUCAGAGAGGAGUAGAGAUGUUCAUCUCUCAAAGAAACUGACGUUUGUGCUUCGACACAAAGCAGUGGAACUUGGCUUUGAUAUUGACUCAGGAGGCUUCAUCAAUGUGGAUGAUCUCUUAGCUCAUCCGAUGUUCAGUCAUUUCACUGUGGGUGACAUCAAGAGGGUGGUUACCAGUAAUGACAAGCAGCGCUUCUCCCUCAAAGAGCACCCUGAUUCAAAGAAACUUCAGAUCUGUGCAAAUCAGGGACACUCAUUCCAGUUACCAGACUUGGAAUUGGUGUCCAUCACUGAUCCAACACAGUAUCCAACAGUCAUUCAUGGUACUUAUCUCAAGAACUGGGACUCUAUUAAGCUACAGGGUUUGAGCCGUAUGAAACGGACCCAUGUCCAUUUUGCACAAGGAGAACCAGGAGAGAAUGGAGUGAUAAGUGGAAUGAGGCGUUCCUGUGAUUUGAUGAUUUUCCUGAACCUUGAAAAAGCCUUACAAGGGGGUUUGUCAUUUUUCCUCUCCAAAAAUGGAGUAAUCCUUUGCCCAGGAGACGAAAACGGCUUGAUUCAUCCCAGAUACUUCAAGCAAGUAAUGCAGACUCAUCCACGUGAGUUAUUGUCAUGUACUUGAUUUGACUUGAUAUGGAAGUUUUUCAAGCAACCGUGACAUUGAAAUUAGUAUAUUACUGCAUCAAAUUCAAUAGAUAGAACCAACUGGAAGUGUUCACACAUCACAAGGUUUCUUGUGCAGCCAUAUAAACUGACUAUACAGAUCUUAGUUGUCUGGAUGUUUAACUUAAUUUUACCCUCUGGAGCACAGCCAAACACUGUCAACUCCUCUUUUUAUCCCAACAGAUCUAAAUUUAGUAUAAACUUAGCAUAGUGGGGUAUAAUAGUGAAGCUUGUGUUUACACUAUGUAAUAACCUCCUAGGAACUAAGUGGAACAUGAGGCCGUCUCAGCAUAUUUAAUACUGUGCUGUAGCCAUCAUCAGGAGACUAGAGUUGUCCUCACGGAGAGAGCAGAGCAUUGUUUCAAUGAGUAAAUGCCUUGAAGUGAAAUCUUGUGACAAUCUCUGGUUCCAUGUUGAGACCACGGUAACUCUUAGGUCAUCAUGGAGUGACAUCACAGCAAGUCAAUUAGGCAUGUCAAAAAAAGCAACGUCAUUCAGGAACAAAGUACACAUAUGAGUCAGCAUAGGGCCGCGCUGAUAGAGCAGACCUUGCACAGGCGUCCGAAUAACCUUGGAUGCACUUCAUUUUGGUCAUGCGCUGCUGGAAUACCGAACUGGCUCACUGGUUUUUACACUGCAUCAUCCAAUUAAUACAUUUCAUACUGUCUGUCACAGGUCGUGUCAUGCCUCUCUGAGAUGCUUUGGGCUAGUUCUUGUCAUGGAUUGCUUGACGUCCCAUGCCGUGCAGGGCAACACAAGCAGCAAAGAGGUUGCCAUUCAGACGAAAACCAUUACCAGUGAAGGGAGUACAUAUAAACUAUAAAUGCUCCAGGUCAACUCAACAACAAACUUACUUUCUAUCCAAUCCUGUUCAUAUUGUUCUGGUUUUUGAAGCCAAACAAAUUGCCAUCAUUUUUAAAGUGUGUUUAUUUUAUUCUCGGGUUCAUACAAUUCAACCAUUAUAAUAUUUGGGGCUUUAACAGGCUUUGUCAGUGU